AUUGGAAAAUUUUAUUACUCACAGAUUUUACAAAUUAGGCAAUAGUGCACAGCUAACUGUUAAGUGAUGAUUGUGUGGUUACAACGGUUCGAUAGGUGUCGUGUUUUUGUGCUUUAUAAUAGUAAAAAAUAAAAAUAAAUAAAACACUACCGAAUCAUUUUACCUUUACUAAAACAAAACCAACAAAGAGGCUCCACAUUUUACAAACUACUAACCGCGACGGAACUCUCACUAACCUGCAGAUCCAUUCUAGGGGAUGCGACCAAAGGCGAGGAGGCCCGUGCGCUGCUUAAUAUGGCUGCAAACGCUCCAAUAUUGGGAGGAGAUACGAGAAUAUAUAAUAUCAAAGUUAGUUAAACAAAUUGAAGAGAUAUUAAUGGUGAAAAGCGAAAUUGAGUGCGAGACUGAAGUUCUGAAAUUUAAGAUUAUUAAGGGAGAAAUGAAAGAUGCUAUGGCGGAGAUAAAUAAUUAUAUAGCACAGAUCAGGCAAGAUAAAGCCGCACGGAAAGCCAAGGAUGUUACGCCGACAGAGAUAAAAUUACCGGCAAUUAGUCUGAUUGCAAACGAGAUAGGGAUACUCGAACGCCUUGGACACGUUGAAGAAGCGGAGAUGAAAAGAAUAUCACUUUUGAGAUCUCUUCCGAUCCAAUCAGUUGUCACAGGACCAAAUACAGUAAAUUUAUUAUUGCCUGAUGGCGGUGUAAUAGAGUGCGACAUCGACAUAGUUAUGCCGGGGCUUAAAAAAAGAAAUCGUAAGGCGGAAAUUUUAGAGCAUUUACUAACACCCAUAGGCGAGGAAUAAGGAGGAAGACUCAAAUUUAAGUUCGGCAUGCAUUCCAUCAAAUUGCUUGACUUAAAAAAUUACAGUGUUACAACAACCAUCGAUCUCAACUAGCUGCGAAAAAAUUAUAACCUGGAUGACAAUGUAUUACACAGUACAGAAUACAUUUUCCUCAUUUCCAAACGCGCUGUAGACUUUUCAUCUAACCGCUUAGGUGAUGAGAAGGAAGACGAUGACCACUGAAUAUUAUUUUCGUAAAGAAAGCACACAGUCCACUGCAAGUGCAGCUGACACUACACCGAAGUUACGAGAAUUCAAAUGUCUAUUUCCAGGACACUUUGGUUACUGGAGACGAUAUCCAAAAACUAAAAUAAAGCUGAAUGAAUAAUGUGUAUAUUUCAUGAAUUCGAGCAGAGAUUAAAGCGUUACAACCAAAUAUCUUUAGAGAAGUAUGUCAGAUAUAUAUUUAGAAACAAUCUGAUCGUGCAAAAUGGCAUAGUGGUGUGAGUUUGGUCUGCAUGUAACCAGUUUAAAGAAGAGCGAAUUAAAUGAAACAGAUCGGGAUGAGAGUGAACUUACCAC